UAUACAUAGAAAAGCCACGCUCUAAUCCCGCAAUAUCUCUUCGCACCACCCCUUCGCUCUCCCGCGGCCACACCCAACCCAACGAUGCCUCCCCGCACCCGCUCCCACCACCGCCACCGCCCCAUCACCCCUCUCACCUUCCUCGCCGCCUCCUCCCUCAUCCUCCCGAUUCUCUCCCUUACACGCCUCUACCUUCGCGCCCACGCCAUCCUCCUCACCAUCUUCACCGUCGUCCUUUCCCUCGUUACCUUCCUUCUCUACGGCUACGACAAGAUGCAAGCGCGGAACCUCAACUGGCGCGUCAAAGAGAGCACGCUGCAUUUGUGCGCUGUGUUGGGCGGGUGGCCGGGUGCGCUGGCGGGGAUGCAUUACUUCCAGCACAAGACGCGGAAAGUGAGGUUUUUGAUUGUGUUUUGGGGGAUUGUGGCGUGUUGGGAGGGGGUGUGGUUGGGUAUUUGGAGGGCGGACUACGGGGACUGGGUUUGAGGGUGGGUGGUAUUUUGGUCAGACGUUUGUUUGGAUACUGUAUUGUUUUUGUUUGGCUUGCGGGAUCGAAUAACGCCCAGGUUGCAUGGAGAAGAGUAUGGAGAAAUGCGAGGUCGGAUUAGGUUCUAGAAUAAUCGCUAACUCCAAGGUAUGCAAUCGUGAAC